AUGGGGUGCUAUCGGCAUCCCCGCGCCGCGCUCCUCGCGACGGCGGUCAUCCUGAUCGCAUUCCCGUUCGCCGCGGUCGCCGCCGAUCCCCCUUUGCCGGGCCUCCACUGGUUCGCCCCCGUCCUCGCCGGGGGGGGAUACUGCAGCGAGGCGAACGCUCUCCUCCACGGACUGAAGUCGCUCCCGCCCGGCGAGGCCCCUCCGCUUCGGGUCACCCACCACGGCGACGCCAUCGACUACUUCUUCUACAGCGGCCUCCCCGAGGACUACGCGCGGGAGCUCGACUCGAUGCUCACGGCGCGGCAACCGCGUGCGCGGGACUCCGUCAUCGUGUGCCACUCGGAGCCGGGCGCGUGGGCUCCGGCCAAGUACGAGACCGCGCGGUGUCCGCCCGAGGGGUACGGCCGUCGACACGCGGUCAGGGUCAUCGGUCGUACCAUGUUCGAGACGGACAGGCUCGACCGGGAGCACGUGGCGCGGUGCAACAAGAUGGACGAGGUUUGGGUGCCCACGAGGUGGAGCGCGGAGGUUUUCGAGCGGUGCGGCGUGGACCCGCGUAAGAUCAGGGUGGUUCCCGAGGCUGUGGACGUGACGAUGUUCGAUCCCGCGAGGUUCGAGGGACGGGAGAUGUCGCUGGCGCACGUGGGCGAGAGGGUGGUCGGGCCGAGGCUCGACGGCGAGGACGGGUACGUCGGCGCCGGGGCGACUCGGACGAUCAAAUUUUUAUCGGUGUUCAAGUGGGAAGCGCGGAAAGCCCCGGACGUCCUUCUGGAUGCGUACUUCUCCGAGUUCACCGCGGAGGACGACGUCGCGUUGUUCCUCAGGUGUAACCUGUACCACGAGAGCGACCCGCGCGCCAUUCACAAGCGCGUGAGGGACGCGGCGCGAACCGCCUUUCGAUCGGGUAAGUCCGGGUCCCUUUGGGGCGCCCCGAAAGGGACCCGCGUCGACGACGCCGUCGCUCGUUUCGCGCCUCGCGUCUUCGUCCUGCCGGCCGUCUCGGAGGAAGGCGUCCCGGCGAUGUACGCGGGUGCGGACGCGUUGGUGUUACCGAGCCGGGGCGAGGGAUGGGGACGUCCGCACGUGGAGGCGAUGGCGAUGGGUCUGGCGCUCGUCGCGACAAACUGGAGCGGCCCGACGGAGUUCAUGACCGAGGAUAACUCCUACCCCGUCGCCGUCGAGCCCGAUCUCGUGCCGCUGCCUCCCGACAGCCACUUCGCGACGCACAUGUGGUCGCAGCCGUCGGUGGGGCACCUCCGGGCGCGGAUGCGGGAGGUGGCGAGCGACCCGGAGAAGGCGUCGGCGAAGGGCACGAGGGCUCGACGCGACAUGGUGACGCGUUUCAGCCCCGCCGCCGUGGCCCGGUUGGUGGUGGGAGAGCUGGGGAGGAUCGCGAGGGAGGACGCGGGGGGGGAACGUGGGGAUGAUGCGACGGGAGCGCGAGAUGAGCUCUGA